CCACAGAACAAAAGCCAGCGCUUCUAUUCGUUUUCUCUUCCUCUCGUCUCUUUGGGUUUCACUGGAAAUCACAGCACCUGCAGCCGAUCAUGGCGUUGAACAACGGGCUCAGAUCGUGCGCCUCAAAGCUGCUCGCUUCCACCCAGUCGAUGAUGCUUCCGAGAUCAGUGAAUAGAGGGUUCCAUUCAACUGGAGUGAAAAGGAUGGGAGGAGGACACGGGCAUGGCCAUGAACCAUUUUACCUUCAUGCAAAGCACAUGUACAACUUGGACAGGAUGAAGCAUCAGAAGCUGAAGAUGACACUUGGUGUCUUCACCGCCUUCAGCAUUGGUGUUGGCGUGCCAGUUUAUGCAGUCAUCUUCCAGCAGAAGAAAACGGCUUCUGCUUAACACUUUAUCUUGUCAAUCUUUUUGCUGCAAUAAUAGACACCGAAGUGCCAUGUAGUGAGACUAUUGGACCGGUAUGGUUUUGUUUGGCUGAACAAUUCUGAAAGGUUUAUGCAUUUGUUUUCAGUCUGUCAUGUUCAUUUUCUUAAGCCUCCAACUUAGAAAUAGUUGUUUGAUACACUCUGUUCAUAAUAAUAUCUGUGGUUCGCAGUUCA